AUGUGAAUCCUUUUGAUUGAUGUGUCAUAACCUCCCAGAACCUCUUAGACACUUCUUCGACUAUCACAACCCAGCUCCACUACAACACCACCUACCUCUCUUUAAAUUCUCUUUCAUUUUUCUCCAGCUUAAGCAACAAUAAAUUUCAAGUAGCCGCAAGAAUCCGCCUCUUCCGUUGAGAGUCUCUUGCUAACCCUUGGAGAAACUUCCCUUUCAAGAAUGAGUUUGACACGUUUGGCCUUGAGGAAUUUGCCCCGAAGGACGAGCUUCUCCGCUUCUUCUUUGGUGAAUCAUGGAGGUAGCAUUGAUGGUGUUCUCGGCGGGGUUCGAAGGCAAAGGUGGAACCAUGAUGGGUUGCUGAAGAGGUUUAUGACAACAACAACAACAAGCGAUCAAAUAGCAGGCCGUGAGACAUCAGAUGGCAAAGAAGUAGCUGUCGACAAGGAUAGUGACAAGUCUAAGUUGUUUCGCAGGAAGAAAGGCAAGAAAGGUCUCUGGAGGAAGAGUGAUGGAAUUGAUUUUGUUCCUGCACUUUAUGAGUUUUUUCCUUCAGGUCUUGGAAAUGCACUUGUGCAAGCAACUGAUAACAUCAACAAGCUGUUCCAAAACUUGCAUAUUCCGUCACCCUCGAACCUCAUAGGCCGCGUUAAAGAGAAAGAUGAGUGCUAUAAAUUACGAUACGAGGUUCCGGGUGUAUCCAAGGAGAACUUAAAGAUCACCAUCGAUGAUGGGGUUUUGACAAUAAAGGGAGAGCUCAAGGAAGAGGAGGAAGAAGGAUCAGACGACGAGCACUGGUCAAUGAGGAGCUAUGGAUGUUAUAAUACUAGCAUUAUGUUGCCUGAUGAUGCUAAAGCUGAUGAUGUUAAGGCUGAGUUGAAGGAUGGUGUGCUAUACAUUACCAUUCCAAGAACUGAAAAGCCUAAAAAGGAUGCCAAGGAGAUUGAUAUCCAUUAAUGUUCUCUCUCUCUCUCUCUCUCUCUCUCUCUCUCUCUCUCUCUCUCUCUGUAUCAAAGUGAGUUCUAUAAUGGCGUUUUGGUGUCUUCAGAAACCCCCCCUUUUUUCCUCCUCCCCUUAACCAGUCCGGGAGGCGUCUUGUACUUGGUGUGAAUUGCCUCUUCGUUUCCUAAUGUCUUUUGCGUGAAUUAAAAUAAAGGUAAAUAAGCAUGGUUUUAUGACGA